AGGAAAAUGCUGAGCAUAUAUAUAUGUGGGACAAAAGUAGAACAGCAGCCAGGAGUGUGUAGUCGAAAUCUUGGCUGACAGUUUGGCUCUGUCAUGAUGGGAAGGUUCACAGCUGUAAUAGUUGCCCUUCUGUUUUCAUGCAUCUCCAGCACAUCAGGACAAACAUGUGAAAAGAACUGUGGGAAAAACUUGGACACCUGUUCAUGCCACACUACAUGCACGUCUCUCGCGAACUGUUGCCCAGACUAUAAAGAGUACUGCGUGAAUAUAUCUCCAUAUUCUGGGUCUGUUUUCGGUGGCACAGAUUUUAUUAUACUUGAUGCAAGUUUCGAAACGGCUUCAGAGAUUGUAUGCAGGUUCAAUGACAACAUUAAUACGGUGGGAUAUGUGGAUGACGGAGGGACAGGCCAUUGUAUCUCCCCACUGUUAUAUGAAACAGGAUGGAUUCCUUUUGAGAUUUCAUCAGACAAUGGCACUACAUUCACUAGAGCUGGAGCUUGGCUUUCAGUUCAUACUGGUAAGCUAGAUUCUAAGUUCAAGGCAAUUCUGGACAACUCAACAAAAUGGCAGUACUACGGCACACCUAAUGUUGGAGGUGCUCUUGAGAUGACGUGGAAUACCUCUUUAGUAAGAGCAGAAAAGGUCAAUAUAGAGCUUUGGGGAUACAGGGAGACAGGAGAGCCCUAUACAGAGUACUGGCUGGGUGAAUGGCAGUAUUUAUACUCUCUUGCAAAGGAUCAUCCUAACAAUGGCUCCUUCAGCUUUUUGCCCAAACCAGCAGAGAACGGCUUUUCGUCUUGGGAGCUCGGCUCUGUGCGCGUCAGCUCCAGCAGCCAUCCUGACGGCAUGUGGAAUGUCCAGGCAGCGUGGACCGAGGAUCACGCUCUGGCGUGGCAUCUGGAGGAGAAUUUCAGGAAGGACUCAGCAGGCUGGGCCCUGGAGAAAUGUCUGGCAUGGGACAAGCUGGAAAAUCAGCUGCCCAACUUCCUCAGUGAGAUCAUAGACUGCCCCUGCACGCUGGCUCAAGCGAGAGCAGACACAGGCAGGUUUCAUACUGACUAUGGGUGUGAUAUAGAGAAAGGGAGUGUGUGCACCUACCAUCCUGGGAGUGUUCACUGUGUGAGGGCUAUACAAGCCAGUCCCAAGUACGGAGCAGGACAGCAGUGCUGCUACGACAGCACCGGCGCUCAGGUCCUGACAGCAGACUCGAUUGGGGGUAGUACUCCAGAUCGAGCGCAUGACUGGGGUUCACCUCCUUACAAGAAACCUCCUCGAAUCCCUGGAUUGUCUCACUGGAUAUACGAUGUCCUCAGCUUCUAUUACUGCUGCCUCUGGUCUGACAACUGCCAUUACUACUUUAAACACCGGCCCUCCAGUGACUGCAGGCGUUACAAGUCCCCCGAGUCAGCUGUGGUCUUUGGAGACCCUCACUUCAUAACAUUUGAUGGCACUAGCUACUCCUUCAAUGGCAAAGGGGAAUACACUUUGGUGGAAUCAUUGGAAAAAAAGCUGACAAUCCAAGGCAGAACAGAGCCUGUGACGGAAACAACCAACGCCACAAAGCUGUCAUCUGUUGCUAUGAGAGAAGCGUCCUCUGACAUCAUCGAGGUACGGCUGGUCAGUGGUAACAGUGGCCUCGAAGUGCUGCUCAACCAGAAAACGCUCUCAUUUACUGAGCAGACCUGGAUGGACUUGAAUGGUGCAUUUCUGUUUUCUCCUACGUCUACAAAUGUGACUGUGAUGUUUCCCUCUGGAGCCGGGGUGGAAGUCCGACAGAGAGAGGGAACCAUGACAACCACUGUGCUCCUGCCAGAGGAUUUUAAAGACGCCACUCUUGGACUUUUGGGAAACAUGAAUGGUGAUGCCAAAGAUGACCUUGUUUUCAGCAAUGCGAGUAUUGUGCAGAACUCCAGCAAUCCAGAGGAGCUGUUCAGCUUCGGGGCCAGCUGGGCAAUAGCCAACGUGUCUGCCUUGUUCACCUAUGAUUCAGAAUACUUGUUGGAGACAUAUUACGAUGCCCCCAGACAUGACACCAGUUUUAUUCCAGUGUUUUUGGUUCCUGAGAGUCCAGAUGAUCCACUCGCCAAUCAGGCAGCAACGAUAUGCUCCGGAGAAGGCUCUCAGUUCUGUAGGUAUGACAUCCUGGUAGGUCGUAGUCCAGGAAUCGGAAAUGCUACGAGAAUCUCUUUCCAGAGUCAUGUUUCUCUUGUAGAGGAUCUAAAACCAGUAUUAUCCUGUGGGUGGCUUUCACCUCCUGAUAAUGGGAAAAAGGAGGGAACCACCUACUUACAAGGAGCUAAGGUGCGGCUUUCCUGCAAUGAGGGCUACAAUCUCAAAGGAUCAGCAGAGCGACUAUGCCAGGCUGACGGCCAGUGGUCUGGAGAGGAGACACGCUGCGUGGCUUCCAGUAAUACCGCAGGGAUUGUGGCUGGUUCAGUCAUCGGAGCGCUGACGCUAAUUGUGAUCAUAACAGUAAUCGUGCUCCACUCCAGAAAACGUAAAAGAAAAGAUGAACAUUCAUCAGAAACGGAGAGUCAUUAGAGCUUAGGGGAGAAUCCACAAUGACACACUUAUAAAUGUAGAUUAAACAUUAAUCUAGCUAAACAGGUAAUGGGUAAAACAUUAAUCUAGAAAUGGCAGAGGCCAUGUUUAUUUUGGUAACAAUGUCCAAGACCAAGUCGACUGCAUGUGAACUGUUAAUACUAUAACUACUAGCUUCUGUAUUCUUCCAGCCUCCUGUCUACACUAAUAAGUUGACUGUUCUGUUGUGAUUCUGACUCCCAGGUAUUUCAGGCAGAGCUGAGCACACCAGGCUCCUGUGCUGGCUAAGUUAUACUAAACAAAAGAAAACGUUUGAUGUGUUAACCAAGUGUCUACCCCCAUAUUUAAGGCUUGAUUAGCAGCAUGUAGUUAUGUAACACUAUAUUUAAGCACUCCCAAAAAGAUAACUUCUCUUCAUAGUCGCUGAGUUGCUUUUUUUGCUGUUAGGUUUGUUUAAACAGAACUGUGCACAGUAUUUGAAGCAGGGCUGAAUGGAGUUGUGUGUGUCCCCCUUAUGGAUGUCAGGUCUCUCCUACUGCCAUUGCAAACUUUGGACAGUUUAAAGUUUGUCAGUCCUCGGGCGACACCCUCAUUGGACCCGGGGCUCCAAACAGUUUCUUUGUCUGUUGAUUAGCUGCUCCUCUGCACAGUUAAUAUCUACAUACAGUAUAACACAUUUAAGCUUCCUUUAUGUUGAAAAGUCAAACUGUGUUGCUCUUCUUUUGGGUUUGUGAACUUGUAUUGUUUUAAUGAAGUCGUUGGGAUGCUGUCCUUAAAAAUUGUGGCUGUCCUCAUUCAGUAAAAUACAGUUUAUUAGAUAAACUGAUAAACUCCAGCAAACUGCUCCCUGCCACUGCCUACACACUCCUCUUAUGACAAUGUCAAAAGCUAAUAUAAAUAUUUGGACUACUGAGUGUUUAGAGAAGAAAAAGCUGCACUUUCUCGGUUGUGUAUUUCUUAAAUGUUAAUAAAUGUUGUUAUACAGUUG